UUCUGAUUCUGCAAACAUUCGUUUUAUCCUUUUUAAUAGGUUGGCAUCCUAUAGAAAUCUAUAGAUAAUUCAGAGUACGUAUUUUGGAAAGAGGCAACUGUUCUAACCAGGUUCAUUUAUUGCCCAGAAAUUCGCUUUUGGCGGUAUCUGCAUAGACUGCAUUGUACCAAGAUACUAUUUGGCUGCAUUGGUUCGUUAGCUCAGCUGAUUCUGUCGAGGACACAAGCUUUUGGCGUAACUAGUGGUUCUCGCUAGUUUCCGAUAUCUGUAGCGUAUCUGACAUAACCUCACGCCUACAUUGCCAUGGACGGCUGGGGCGUUCCGGGCGAUGGGGAAAAUGCUGCUGGGUGGGAUGAAGUGUAUCCGCUUGGAUCUUCAUCUGAUUCGGAAGACGAUGAAGUGGAGCACGACCCCGGAACACUCGGGUACCGAAUGGCACAGGCCACAGGUGCCUUCGCGGGCGACCGGGCACAGUCUUCUGCGCACAGUCAGCCGGUGGCUCCGAUCACAGCCCCGCCAAUGCCACCGCCAGCGGCUCCACUGCUGCCGCAACAAACACAGCCGCCUAUUCCGCAGGCGGCACCGGCAUCCAGCUCCCAUUCCGCUUCGCGAUGGAGUAAUUAUGUGGAAGAGACAUGGGGCACGUCUGCGCCACAGCCGCCUCCUUUACCACCACCCAUGCCCACCACAACUUUCGCAGCUCCCGAGCGCUAUCAGCGGACAGAAGGCCGUCAUUAUGCCUUGGCCAUGGCGCUGUCCGGCGAAGCGCCCACCGCCGGCCAAAUGUCGCAGUUGCUGGCCAAUCCUUUACUGCCCGAGCGGAAGAUCCUGGAGACGCCGAAUAACUUGCUGAUGGACACGAGGCGCUUCACUCAGAUGGCCCGCCGGAUUCCCAGUCCGGCGCGUGUUUUGCGCCAGCAGCUGAGGGAACGACGGGAGCGCGAACUUGAGGAGGAGCUGGCCACACGUUUACGACGAUUACGUGGACCUACGGCGCGUAUGGGCACAGGGGCAAAGAUUAACCGUCCCCGCCCGAAAACACCGCCGCAUCCGGAUAGCGCAGAAUGGGUUCAAGAUGUACCUGCAGAAGAUAUUCUGGCAGCUAUUCCAGUAUCUGCGGAGCCACCUUCAUCUACGGAAGCAAUGGACGUCUCUGUGGAACCUGAAAAGCAGUCUGAUGUCUCCAAGCGCACUACAUGGCGCACUCUUCAUCGCGCCCAGCCAUCAGCAGCAAAAUCCGCGCCGAAAAAGACAUCACGCCCGUACGACCCUGCAGAGCUGAAUUUGGUGUCAUUGAAAGAUUUGAGAUCCCAGGAUGUGCAUCAGCAUGUUGAAGAAACCCAGAUUGUUGAAGACAUGGCAGAACUGCCUCCAGCUGUGGAGGACACGAUUCCGACAAAAGCAAAAUCAUCAUCCGAGGAUGAGUGGGAAGAAGAAGAACCGAAAGACUUCGUGGACCAGUUUGCUCAUAUGAAACUGAGAGAUCGGAAAGUGCGUGUACACGACAACCAAGGCAAACUGGGCAAGUCGGCGUGUGGUUGGAAAGCAGGACGCGAUGAUGAAAAAAUAAAAGCCUGGGGAGACGUUUCUUCUUCCUGUGCAUGCCAGUGUAAACCGGAAUCGGUAAAAGAUCCUAAGUUUAAGGAAAUGUUGACCCAGGAUGAGUUACGCAAAGUUAGGGCACAUGAAAUGCGAUGUUUGGCGGUUCAUCGAACAAGUCGCAACGCCCUGGUCAAAUGCAACCGGAAGCUGAAGCUUCAAGGUGAGGAAGCGGAGUUCUACUGGUGGCCGCAGUCUGGAACGGUGGGAGUAUUCUGCCCGAAGCAUCUGGCCCUAUUGCGGGAACACAAGAUUUGCCCCUUUUGCCGGGAAUUUUUCGAGGAAGAUAACAAAGAUUUUAUGGUUUGCCACGGAGAAAAAGGAACUGAUACCCAUUUGUAUCAUUUGGAUUGUCGCGCGGUUGUUAAAGUGGCUCGGAUGUGUCCACAUUGUCUGGCUUCCAAGGAAUACGGGACGGAGACAGGAUACGAGCCUAACCAUGGGCCAGAACAAUUAAUUACCAUCCAAGAUCACCGAGAAGUUUUUGGGAAUCUACAGAAAACGUUAGUAAAGAUUCCAGCUAUGCGCGAUGCAAAAGCCGAAGACUACUACGUCUACUGCACCGACAGCGAACGGCAUUUAUUUGAAUCCUCUUUGAAGUGCACCGUUGCGGCAGAUGCAGAGAGGCUCAUGCAGUCUAAAACCGAUGAAGAAUUUAAAGAAGCCAUUCUGAGCUUGGAAUGGUGGGCUCUUUUGGAAGCUCGCAAAGACCGGAAAAAGUGGGGCGAAUGUUUUGGCGUUUUGGAUGAGUCUUCCGGUCGGACGCUGGUCCAUCGAGCAGUGGUUGAGAAAAGCGUAAUCAAAAUUCUUCUUCUCUCGCAAUGCGGCUCCGAUAUUCACCGAAAAGAUGCAUCUGGAGAAACUCCUUUGAUGCUGGCCGUUAAAACAGGAGCCGUGACCUGUGUAUACGCUUUGCUAAUUGUUGGUGCAGAUGUUAACACUGUGGACAAAGAUCUUUAUACACCGCUGCACUGGGCAGCGAUCAAGAAAAGCUAUGCAUUGAUGAGCUUCUUCUUGGAUUUCAAAGCCAAUGCUUCUAUGAAGGAUAAUUAUUCGAUGGCUGCGCCGUUGUUCCACACGCUUCUCUGGAUCCGCGAGGCUUGUUUCCUGAGUUUGAUCAAUCGGAAGUUGGAUUUGGAACUGCAGGAUGCCAAUGGAUGGACUAUUUUGCACUGGGUGGCUUUCUUUCACCGCAACGAUUUAGCGAAAUACUUUUUCGAAACAGUUACACCUUGGAUGCGUGACAACUGGGGAGAAACGCCAUUGCACGUUGCCAUCCGCGUGUGCAAUACCCAGUUCGUCAGAAUUUUUGUUUCACGAAGGCCCGCGAUUGUGGUAUCGAAAAAAAGUUUCGCCGGACUUACGCCAUACAAAUUGGCGCGUGUGUUGCUUGGUCAGGAAAGGGAUAAAGAAAAGAUAAAGAAAUUUCGCAUCAUUAUCCGUUUGAUGGAAAGAUUUAUCGACGACGAAAGUCUGGAAACUGAAUGUGUGCCGAAAUUGUUCGGAGAUAAACCGAUUGGCGAAGCUUGUGGGGAUUUGACGAGCGGUAGAGCUUUAGCUCCCAUUCCCGUGUACAAUUUCUUAACGAAAAAGUUUGAUGUACAUGAGCUACUGUAUGUUACGGCGACCAUACCUCCGCUCCUGUAUCAGACGCUUCCGAGAAAACCGGAGUUUUGGCAGGAUGCUUGCAAGUUCAAAGAACCAUACGAUACCUGCGUCGAUGCCAAAUGCCGCUGCGCUAUGUCGAAUAGCGCUUGUGAAACCAUAUGCCGCUGCGUGGCGGCGAAGGAGAAAAAAAUAGAGGGGCAGUAUUGUGGGCUGCACUACUGCACUGCGUACAGCAAGCACGCAUAUAACGUGUUCAUCGAUCAGUGUUACGUGCCUAAAGGUCAGCUGGAUAGCGGUACUACUGCGCUCAGUCGUAACAGGCCCCCGUUCUCCGAUAGCCAUCGCGAGAGCCUGAAAAAGCGUUUAUUGGCUAAAAUGCAGCGAUGUAAUGCGGUAGUAGGAAAUGACCUUUUACACAUACUGGCGCUGGUCGAGGCAUCGGGAAAUGGUGGAAAUGCGUGCGGUGAGCGGCGAUUCCGGCGCAGUCACUCAAUGGAGACCUUCCGAAACCGGACGAUUGUCCGUAAGCGUUCGGAAUCGGUCGGCCGGUUGCCGGUUACCAGUCGCAGCAGUCGUAAACGGGGGGUGCAUCAAGUGGACAGCGAAAUGGCUGAUACCCGCCGAUAUCCGAUGCGUAAAACGCGUAAUCUGAACCAUGUUACCGGGGCUGUACACAAGGACGAAGAUGACCAAUACCGAAAAUUUGUUCGAAAUCCUUUCGACUUAUUUGACGAGAUUCAGCAAUGCGAAGUCGAUGGUGUUCUGGAGAGCGCAGUGAUCCGCUUCGAGCGGCGACACGAGUUUAUUCGGUGGGAUCUGAGUUCCAGAUAUCCGGCAGCUCCCGCCCGUCAUCCCCUGGAUAAACCUGCUGUGAACAAGAAAUCUCGGUAUACAAAAAAUCUGAAGAAGUUGAAGUCGUACGAAGAGUUUCAUUCGGAUGACGUGUUGGAUGAAACGCCGGUGGCCGUCACUCUCCGGGAUAAAGCGAAAUCAUCCCUGCUUAGUUCAGGCGAUGAAGACAUGACGCUGUCGGAGUGCUCCAUUCGAUGUGAUUGCGGCAUGGAAUGUCCAAUGCGCGCUCUCCAGUGGCCAACGUUAGCCGUACGAUUGGCACUUAUCUAUGUGGAUUCGGCUGUUGGCUGGGGUCUGCUGACUCUGACUGGAGUUCUCGCUGGACAGUGCCUUGGCGAAUACACUGGAGAGUUGGCAUUGGGGAAUUUAUACUGUAACGAUACGUACAUGUAUCAGAUGUUAGACGACCGUAUGCCCAGUACAGAGGAUAAGCCAUCCGGCAGUCAGGACAAUGGAGCUGCACAAAAUAGAUGGUCAAUUGAUGCGAAACGAGCGGGAAGUAUAACAAGAUAUGCCAACCAUAGCUGCAACCCUAAUUCGAAAACCGCAACGGUAUACGGUCAUGGUGUGGAUAUUCCCAGGCUCUGUUUGAUUGCUCUCCGUGACAUACCUGCUGGCGACUACAUUACAUUGGAUUAUUCGGAGUCGUUUUGGACAGCGAAAAUGGACAACGAAGAUGAAAACGACAGAAUAUACUGCCGUUGUGGGGAUGUUGCAUGUCGGUUCUCGAAGGGUGGGGAAAUUGAUCGCAAACUUGCGAAGAAGAGAGCGAGUUAAGUGGAACAGCAAGCGCAAGAACGUAAUCGGACCAAAGUGCAGGAAAAAUGCACAGAUUUUUCUUUUUUUGGUUUUGUAAUCUAGCCGUACUCUUGAUGUUUAGUUGAACUGAUCUAGAGAAAAUGGGAAUUGUAUAGUCUUUGGGAAUUGUAUAAGGAAAAUGGGAGUUGUGUGUUCCUGAGUUUUAGCGCACAGUGUGUUGCGAAUUUUCAACAUUACUUUGGAUUAUUAGGGCAAAGAUUACCGAUCAUGGCAAUGCACUUCGAUUGGCUAUUGA